GGGAGCUGGGAGAUACGGCAGAGGGAUGUGAUGAGAGACGGCAGGUAGACAAUGAAUGGGUGACAGGCAGAGAGAGGUGACAUGGCAGGGAGGGAGAGAUAGCUGGUGCUGGGGGAGAGACAGUCCUUCAUUCUGAACCAGCUGGUCCUUCAGCACUGGACAGCGACCAGCGAAGGGGGGAGCAGAUUCCGAUAGAAUGGAUGUAUCAUAGCGAGAGGGAAGUGGGAUAUGCUACGUUAGAGAAUGACUGAGAGCUAUUGGGGAAUUUAUUAGUGGGGGAGCUUAAUAGGGCAGGAUUGUUCCCAAAUGGGAUAAUUAUUUUAGGAUAGGCUUAAGUGUCAGGAAGAUGCAGCCUGCCCCCUUCACAGGUUUGGGGUAAGCUGAGGACAGGACUUGGGUCAGUAUCGAGGAGGAGGGGGCCUGGUACCUCCUCGUGCCCCCCAGUGAUGAUGUUGCCAGGGAGCAGUCGGUAGGAUUAGGAGGAGGAGAGCAGUGGUUAGGAAGGGGGGAACCGGCUCGUUCCUCUCCGGUGUCUGAGUUGAGCACGGCGGGGGAAGAGGUUGACGUGAUGGGCGAGUGGACAAUCUUGGAGCGCCUGCUGGAGGCGGCAGUUCAGCAGCACUCCACCAUGAUAGGGAGGUAAGAGGGUGGAACAGACCCAUGGCUUGUUAGGGAAGGGAGGGCUGCAGGAUUUGAGGUUCCAGGCAUGGGGGCCACAACCCCUAGGACACACGGACACACCACCUCUAGAGCAUAGAGCAGGACGCACCCUACAUCCAACUGACCGUCCAAAUCCCUUACAAUGCUCCAAAUUAUACUGCACCAUUUGAAAUUUACCCACAGGAGGGGAGAAGAUAGGUAGGUUUUAAGUAAAGAUUGGGGUGAUUGUUUUGUGGGGUGUCCCUUGUGGUUUGUGUACAGAGGGGGUGUCUGUCUGUGCAUCGGGGGUUAAUGACAAUGAUGCACCUGUGACUCACAUUACACAAAGACAUGGAAAUUGCAGGAUACCGACAUCCCUGACGGACAGACACACAGACACAGACAGUGAUCACCCCACCCCCUCCCAAAACCCCACACUUGCCAUUCAUUGGGUUUAUUAGUAAAUGACAAUAUAUAUCCACAUGUAUCAAUAGGCAGCAGAUAUGUAACAAUGUAGUGUGUGUGUGUGUGUGUGCGUGUUGAUUCGUCUAGAUUUGCUGUGUUUGUCUAUGCACCAGCCCUGAUUGCUACCUGUCUUGUGUGGAGGAUGUAUAGCUGCUUUGUUGGGUUUAAUGUUAGUGCUGGGGCCUGCAGUGUAUAUAUUGUAUGCUCGCUAUAUAUAUAAUAUAUGGGCAGUGUAUAUAUUGUAUGCUCGCUAUAUAUAUAAUAUAUGGGCAGUGUAUAUAUUGCAUGCUCGCUAUAUAUAUAAUAUAUGGGCAGUGUAUAUAUUGCAUGCUCGCUAUAUAUAUAAUAUAUGGGCAGUGUAUAUAUUGUAUGCUCGAUAUAUAUAUAAUAUAUGGGCAGUGUAUAUAUUGUAUGCUCGAUAUAUAUAUAAUAUAUGGGCAGUGUAUAUAUUGCAUGCUCGAUAUAUAUAUAGUAUAUGGGCAGUGUAUAUAUUGCAUGCUCGAUAUAUAUAUAGUAUAUGGGCAGUGUAUAUAUUGCAUGCUCGAUAUAUAUAUAGUAUAUGGGCAGUGUAUAUAUUGCAUGCUCGCUAUAUAUAUAGUAUAUGGGCAGUGUAUAUAUUGUAUGCUCGCUAUAUAUAUAGUAUAUGGGCAGUGUAUAUAUUGUAUGCUCGCUAUAUAUAUAAUAUAUGGGCAGUGUAUAUAUUGCAUGCUCGCUAUAUAUAUAAUAUAUGGGCAGUGUAUAUAUUGCAUGCUCGCUAUAUAUAUAAUAUAUGGGCAGUGUAUAUAUUGUAUGCUCGAUAUAUAUAUAGUAUAUGGGCAGUGUAUAUAUUGUAUGCUCGCUAUAUAUAUAGUAUAUGGGCAGUGUAUAUAUUGUAUGCUCGCUAUAUAUAUAGUAUAUGGGCAGUGUAUAUAUUGUAUGCUCGCUAUAUAUAUAAUAUAUGGGCAGUGUAUAUAUUGUAUGCUCGCUAUAUAUAUAUAAUAUAUGGGCAGUGUAUAUAUUGUAUGCUCGAUAUAUAUAUAGUAUAUGGGCAGUGUAUAUAUUGUAUGCUCGCUAUAUAUAUAGUAUAUGGGCAGUGUAUAUAUUGUUUGCUCGCUAUAUAUAUAAUAUAUGGGCAGUGUAUAUAUUGUAUGCUCGCUAUAUAUAUAAUAUAUGGGCAGUGUAUAUAUUGUAUGCUCGCUAUAUAUAUAAUAUAUGGGCAGUGUAUAUAUUGCAUGCUCGCUAUAUAUAUAAUAUAUGGGCAGUGUAUAUAUUGCAUGCUCGCUAUAUAUAUAAUAUAUGGGCAGUGUAUAUAUUGUAUGCUCGAUAUAUAUAUAGUAUAUGGGCAGUGUAUAUAUUGUAUGCUCGCUAUAUAUAUAGUAUAUGGGCAGUGUAUAUAUUGUUUGCUCGCUAUAUAUAUAAUAUAUGGGCAGUGUAUAUAUUGUAUGCUCGAUAUAUAUAUAAUAUAUGGGCAGUGUAUAUAUUGUAUGCUCGCUAUACAUAUAAUAUAUGGGCAGUGUAUAUAUUGUAUGCUCGCUAUACAUAUAAUAUAUGGGCAGUGUAUAUAUUGUAUGCUCGCUAUACAUAUAGUAUAUGGGCAGUGUAUAUAUUGUUUGCUCGCUAUAUAUAUAAUAUAUGGGCAGUGUAUAUAUUGUAUGCUCGAUAUAUAUAUAAUAUAUGGGCAGUGUAUAUAGUGCAUGGGCAAUAUAUAUAUUGUAUGGACAAUGCAUACAUUGUGUGGGCAAUAUAUAUAUAUAUAUGUAUGGACAGUAUAUAUAUAUAUUGUAUGGGCAGUGUAUAUAUAAUGUAUGGAUAGUAUAUAUAUUGUAUGGACAGUGUAUAUAUUAUAUAGAUGGUAAAUAUAUUGUAUGGGCAGUGUAUAUAUUGGAUGGGCAGUAUAUAUGUAUAUAAUGUAUGGGGAAUACAUACAUUGUAUGGGCAGUAUAUAUAAUGUGUGGGCAGUAUAUAUAUAUAUUGUAUGGACAGUGCAUAUAUUGCAUGGUCAGUGUGUAUAUGUAUAUAUAUAUAUGUAUUGACGGUAUAUAUAUAUUUUGUAUGAGCAGUGUAUAUAUAAUGUAUGGACGGUAUAUAUAUAUUGUAUGGGCAGUAAUUAUAAUGUAUGGAUGGUAUAUAUAUAUAUUCAGUACAAUGUUAAACAAAAAUCUGCACACCAGUCAAGCCAUAAGACUUGCUUUUCCCACAGAAAUCACAAAUCUGCAGUGAUGUUACUACCGCAAAGGAUUCUGGGUGGGAAUAUGCAAAUUAGUUCAGCAAAGAAUCACAUUUUUGCCUCAUUCCAUUUUAAACGUGGAUUCUCUUGAACCUGUAUUUGCAGUAUACAACAGCUUUGAAACACAACUUGUAAAAAGAUGCAGAGCCAGUGAACCACUCAUGGACAGCUGUUUUGUUGUUAAUGCAAAUCAUCAGCAUGAGGUUGGUUACUGGUUUGCUUAUUGACGCUUGGCACUACUUGGGAAGCAAAAUCCAAAUAGGUUACAGUGGGGAAAUUGUGAUUGGAAACCCCUUUGCAUUAAAGGACCACUCUAGGCACCCAGACCACUUCAGCUUAAUGAGGUGGUCUGGGUGCCUGGUCCAGCUAGGGUUGACCCAUUUUUUCAUAAACAUAGCAGUUUCAGAGAAACUGCUAUGUUUAUGAAUGGGUUAAGCCUUCCCCCUAUUUCCUCUAGUGGCUGUCUCAUUUUCACAGUGAGAGCACGCCAGCGUCCAUAGGAAAGCAUUAUGAAUGCUUUCCUAUGUGACCGGCUGAAUGCGCGCGCAGCUCUUGCCGCGCAUGCGCAUUCAGCCGAUGGGGAGGAGAGAAGGAGGAUCGGAGGAGGAGAGCUCCCCACCCAGCACUGGAAAAAGGUAAGUUUUAACCCCUUUCCAGAGCCGGGCGGGAAGGGGUCCCUGAGGGCACUAUAGUGGUCCUUUAACAAUGAAACAGCUGUCCAUGAGUGGUUCACUGGCUCUGCAUCUUUUUCCUAAGUUGUGUUUCAAAGCUGUUGUAUACAGAAAACACAGACUCAAAGGAAUCCAUGUUUAUAAUGGAAUGAGACAAAAAUAUGAUUCUUUGUUUAACUAAUUUGCAUAUGCCCAUCCAGAAUCCUUUGCAGUAGUAACAUCACUGCAGAUUUGUGAUUUCUGUGGGAAAUGCAAGUCUUAUGGCUUGACUGGUGUGCAGAUUUGUGUUUAACAUUGUAUUGAAUAUAUAUCUAUACCAUCCAUACAUUAUAAUUACUGCCCAUACAAUAUGGUCCCUAGUUUGGUCCCUCUAUGAUCUAAUAUUGUACAGCUCUAGAUUGGUACUUUUAAGAUCUGAUGUUGGACUGUUCUAGGUUGGUCCCUCUAUGAUCUAAUAUUGUACAGUUUUAGAUUGGUCCCUCUAUGAUCUGAUAUUGUAAGACUCUAGAUUGGUCCCUCUAUGAUCUGAUAUUGUACAGCUCUAGGUUGGUCCCUCUAUGAUCUGGUAUUGUACAGUUCUAGACUGGCUCUUCUCGAGCUUAUUAUUAUUAUUAUUAUUAUGUGUCCCACACCCACAGGCAUGCGCACAGGGUGUGCCUGUUGUGCCUGGGCACACCCUAAUCCCGCGGCACGCCUAUGUAUAUUGAGACCGGCAGGGGAGAUCUCAGGAUCUCCCCUAUCGGCUCAUGCAGAGCCGGCGCUAUCCGAUCGCCGGCUCUGCUCUCAGCCUCCCUCCCCACCGGCCCACAGGCAGGGAGGGAGGCAGGAGAGGACCCGGCGGAGCUAUUGCCGGCAGCUCCGCCGGGUUCCUCUCGCGAGAUAUGAGCGUUGCCACGGCAACGCUCAAAUCUCGCGAGAGUGAACUCUAGCCCCACAGGGGCUAGAGUUCACUCUCCACUGGACCACCAGGGAUGGAAUCAGCAGCACGAUCCCCCCUCCCUACAAAAGGUAAGAAGGGAGGGGGGAUAGCAAUUAAUGUACCCCCACCUCCUCCCCCACAAUCACCCACCCACAUACAGCACACACACAUACACAGCACACACACAUACACAGCACACACACAUACACAGCACACACACAUACACAGCACACACACAUACACAGCACACACAGACAUACAGCACCCACAGACAUACAGCACCCACAGACAUACAGCACCCACAGACAUACAGCACCCACAGACAUACAGCACCCACAGACAUACACAGUACCCACACACAUACAGCACCCACACACAUACAGCACACACACACAUACAGCACACACACAUACAGCACACACACAUACAGCACCCACACACAUUCAGCCCCCCCAGACAUACACAGCACCCACACACAUUCAGCACCCACACACAUUCAGCACCCACAGACAUAUACAGCACCCACAGACAUACACAGCACCCACAGACAUACAGCACCCACAGACAUACAGCACCCACAGACAUCCAGCACCCACAGACAUACACAGCACCCACACACAUACAGCACCCACAGACAUACACAGCACCAACACACAUACAGCACCCACACACACAUACAGCACCCCCACAAACACACACAGCACCCUCACACACAGCACACAAACAGCACCCUCACACACACACAGCACACUAACAGUACCCUCACAAACAGAAACAGGACCCUAACAAACACACACACAGCACACUAGCAGUACCCUCACACACAAACAGCACCCUCACACACAGUACAUCAACAGCACCCUCACAAGCGCACACAAACACACAAACAGCACCCUCACACACAGUACAUUAACAGCAUCCUCACAAGCACGCACACACAAACACCCUCACCCACAUAGCACACUACCAGCAUCGUCACACACACAUCACACUAACAGCACCCUCACACAGCACACACACACAGCAGUGUGUGUAUGUGUGAAUAUAUGUGUAUGUAUGUAUGUAUAUAUAUAUAUAUAUAUAUAUACAUAUAUACAUACAUAUAUAUAUGCGGCGUGUGCUUGUGCUUUAGGGUGCACACCCUAAUGCAAUAGGCUGCGCACGCCUAUGCCCACACCAUUGGGGGCACGACAGUAUAGCAUAUAUGAGGAUGUUUCUAGAUAGGUUUAUUCCUAGCCUGAUGUUAUAUUCUAUAUUAUUAUUAUUAUUUUAUAAUUUCCCAGAACUGUCACAUAUCAAGAUCAGUUCACCCUUAAUGGAGUUUUCUCUUUUAAGGUCUCAGUUGAGCUGUAGCAGCUUUGGUAUGCAUCCAUAAAACAUUUAGAAACUGACAUGAUUGGCCUUUAACUAAAUUACUGGUUAAUCAAUAUAUAGUUCACCCACCAUUGCUAUGAUGCCAGCUUGAGAUGAACCCACCCCCCAACACACAGCACUAAUUUAUCUACAAUUUCUUGUCUUCUCUCCAUAAUUCCUGCCCUAGCAGAUAAUCUUGCUUGAAUUAGCCACGAUUGGUUUAAGGCAUUCUUUGGACACAUCUCCAUAUAUUAGUGCUUCAUAGCUUUGUUUAACGACACUGCGCUCUAAUUGUGCUUCUAGAUGUUUAUAAAUAAAAUUAAACAAUAUGAGACAAAACUCUGUAAAUGUUUAUAAUCUAAUACGCAAAUAUAAGAGCUAGAAUAUAUGCUUUAGUGUAAUGAGAUGUUUUUCUAUAAUAUAUUUUAACAUGCUUCUCAUGGAAGUUAGGAAUAGAAUAUUUGCAUCUCACUAUCUAUAGAAAUCGGCUAAUUAUCACCUGGAUAGCAGGCGGCACCUCUCCGAGAGGGUGUGAAAUCUCACCACAUGACAGCAACUUGCUAAAUAGGGGGUGGGGAUCAGUUAUUGGUGUAACUGAUAAAUCUUAUUAACCCUCUGUGCCAGCAGAUUGGAUGAAGAGAAAUUCUCACCAUAUCCCGUGUGAAGGAAUACCCUAUUACUUUCGGCUCCUUUUCGUUGUCUGAAUUCGUGCCCAAGUUGAUUUCAUUUAUUUUGUUCGGUUCCCGAACUGAGACCACCCCAGAGACCCAUUAGAACAUAGAACGUUAAGUAUCUUGUACGAAAACCACAACGGAACAAAUUAAUUGAAUGCUCCACUGGGUGGACGCCAUUUCUUGCAUACGAACGCACAUGUUCGGGAAAUGGAUGGUGGCCAUUUUGGCUCCCGAAUGCAGCUAGCACGACGUGGUCAUCGAGUGCCCGGAACUCAUUUCAGCCAGGCACUCCCUCGAACCCGAGUCAUCAUGGACCUGCUGCCCGUUCCGCUUCACCUACAGGAACGGUGUUUGGGAGAUAUGUACUACCGAACACAGGGAGCCUUCUCUACUGAUCUGCUUUUGUCUAACUUGUGUGGUUUUCGUACAAAACCCUAUGAACGGAGACUGGCUCUUGCCACAACUUCCAUUAAACUAUUUUGUGCUUCAACCUUGUGGCAGAACGGUCAAAACUUCCCUGCGAUGGUGAUCCAAAACUACUGAACGGAUCUGGGUGAUUUGUGGAUAUUUUGUUCGCACAGAUCCUUUUGUGGGAUUUCCAUGUAUUUGGGGGUACUUUUGGGGUGUUCAGAAAUUAUUAUACUUUUCUGUCCCUGGAGAUCUGACUUUGUACAGUUCCUGACUCAAUUAUCUCUCAGGCACAGAGGAGGAGUUUACUAACUGUACCUCCUUUAAAGUCUUCUCCCAGCAUUAAGCCUCAGCUCAUGUGUGGGGGGUUAUGCUACACCAGCUAUAUUUUACCUGUGGGAUUAUUUGCUUGUUUAUAUGGGGGAAAAGGGUAUCCGUGGCGGUGAUACCUUGGCAGACCGCCACAUCCAGAAUACAGAAAAUUUAAAAAAGUGGCAGCAAGUUGCGUUCUGCUGGUGGCCCAAUAGGUGUCACCAUUGCAGCACCAACAUCUGCAGUACCUCCAUGUCUAACCCUGGAACCACUGGAAUCCCACCCUGGCAACUCCUGUUGGUAUUUCAGUGAUGGAACUCCUAAACCAACACUUGAAACGCCAGGACCAGCCGCUGAAGGUUCUCCACCAGUAGCUCACAAACCUGUGAAUCGGAAGAAUAGUUACAGGAUUUAUAUAAAGCAGGUUAAUGUUUACAUGUUACCAGUAAACAGAACAUAGAACGUGGAUAAUCCAAAAAAAUGGAGUCCACGGUGUGUCAAGAGAACCCUAUAGGGGGUAACCCUUAGAGAUAAGUAUAAAGUACUAAGAAUGAUCCCUGGCUAAAAAGCGCCAUAGGAACACAGAAAAGAGUUCUCUGGGUAUGUGAUUACAUGAAAAGUAAAAAUAGAAAUAAAAAGUCUCUUUAUUAUAGGGUAUAAAUUCCCCAAAACAUUAAAUAAAACUUAAUAAAAACUAACACACACUAAAGAGAGCAAGGUAAAGGGGGAGACAGAAAUAAAGUGAUACUAAAAAGUGUCACAGCAAGAAGAAAUCUUGGUAUACAAUCUCUCCCCUAAAGAUAUGUAGCGAUUUGGGUAGAAACUAUCCUGUAUAACAGAGUAUAGCAGUUGCCGAAUAUCUGCCUACAAUGCUAAGUAUGGAUACAUAGUAUCUCCUCAAUUAGCUAUAGCUGGUAAGCAUAAGAGAUCAGCGAAGUGAACUGGACUGUCUGUUAACCAGGAUUUUUGAUAGAGGACACUAAUAUAGCCUAUGCUGAAAGAGGGAUUCCACUAAAAAUCCACUGUUAGGAACGCUAAAGCUAUCCUGAAAUAGAGGAGUCCAUCUGAAAAAACUACCCACCACUCUAGAUGAAUAUCUUAUAAAGUCCCAAUCAUUGCUCUCUAACCCCUAAAGUGCUUAAAUUAAGUGCUGUGGUUUAAAAUAAGGCAUAAGUCCUGACGCACGUUUCGGCGCUACCCGAGCGCCUUUGUCAAAGGUAACCGAGGUACUGGCUGUAUAUCCGUUUAUAUAUCUAUUGGGGUAUAUGGCUGGACCAAUCACUGUCCCUGUAAUUCCCGCCGAAAUUAGCUGAUCACAUGUGUCCAUCGUCAUUAUGCUAAUCACGCCCGAUAGGCGUUUAUUCAAGGCGGGAUCUUACUUGUAUGAAUGGGAAGCCACACCUCCAUUGUAUUCAUUCAGAAGUAUCGGAGGAUGGUCCCAACGUACAAGUGCCGGUAGCCGUGCAUAGGAGAAAACAGAAUUUCUAAAAUGGUUUCUUCACACAUUCUAAGUGAAGAAAUUAAUUGUAUGGCUGAUCCAGGAAUGUAGGCAAUGUUUGAUAAGCAUUGUCUAAAUUAUGUCAUGUGAUGUUUGAGGUCUUAUGUGUAUUAUAGUGCGUCAGCGAUAUAUAUUUAAUGAAAUCUUAAUGAUAACAAUAAUAAUAAUACAAGAUAUCGAUAAAUCAAUAUAGCACAUGGAUUUUAUUUAAAAACUAAGUAUCACAUGAUCUACCCUGGUCGUACUAUCCUUACAUCUCGAUAUUAUGAUGAGAAACCCCUAUUUCCAAAUGUAUUAAAGAUAUACAUCCAUAUGUAUUUGUGUACAGCCGUACCUAGCCUCCUAUUUACACCUCUUACAUAAAGAGCUUAUAUUCAAUAUCAUAUAUUAUAUAAGAAACCACGAAAAAUACCCACAUAUAUACAUAUUUACAUAAAUUAUAUUGAAGAUUUAAAUACAGAGUAUACAGUCUUAUGAAGGGUCGAUAAAUGGAGUAAACGUAAACCCCUCGUUAAGUCCCUUAGGGGAUAAAGUGUCAAACUUAUGGAUCCAAAAACAUUCCCUUCUUAACAGCAUCUGAUCCAAGUCACCUCCUCUUCUUCCCACAUUGAUUUUUUCAAUACCUGCAAAUUUAAUGCAUUUCGGUGUGUCCAUAUGGUUGAGUCUCACAUGCCUAGCGAUAGGGGUAUCUCUCUUGGAGGUCACCGAAUGUAUGUGCUCCAUUAUACGUCUCUUAAAAGGGCGUAUAGUUUUGCCCACAUAUUUCAUGCCACACUUACAUGUUAGUAAGUAAAUCAUGCCUGAGGUGUUGCAAUUGAAAAAAUCUUUAAUGGGCAUUGUUAUGGUGUUCGUGGAGUCAGUAAGGGUUUUAGAGCCUUUAGCGAUAUAGGUGCAUGCCACACAUUUACCACACUGAUAUGUGCCAUGCACUGUAAUCCAACUAUUUCUUAUUUUUCCUGGUGUUGGCAAAUGGCUGGGCACUAGUAUCUCCCUGAUGUUUUUGCCCCUUCUAGCCGUAAUGGACACUUUAGAUGAAAUCGUGUCACAAAGGUGUGGAUCUUGAGUUAGAAGUGGCCAAAAGCGCCCUAUAAUCUUUUUUGCAUUCUCCCAACCUGCAUCAAAAUUGGCUAUGCACCUAAUCUGUUUGGAUUGUUGUUUCAUAGUAUUCUGUAGCAAGGUCCCACGAUCACAUUCCAGAGCUCUUUGGUACGCUUGCUUAAGGCAUCUCCCAGGAUAGCCUCUUUCUUUGAAUCGCUGCCUUAAUUCUUUUCAUGUACUCACAUACCCAUCAUACCCACAUACCCAGAGAACUCUUUUCUGUGUUCCUAUGGCGCUUUUUAGCCAGGGAUCAUUCUUAGUACUUUAUGUUACCAGUAAAAUUUCCAAAAUCCAUUACACUUACGAGAGACCUAUAACAUUAAUCUUGUGCCGGAGCUCUCCGUAUGUGAAAAGGAAAAGCUCUAUAGGACAGACAUCUCCAGACUGGGAAGGAAGCUGUAUAAGCAGACACGAUAUUCUGGAUCUGUGUCCUGCUAAUAGAAAGGUAUCUUGUCACAGAAUUUAGUGAGAACCUGGUUUUAUUUUCCAGUUGAAAACACAUUCUUCAUUCAUUGGAACUGGAGGCUGAAUGACUGCCUUGCUGCCACUGGGGUAUUUUCUAUGUUUCUCAUGGGUGCCCGGAGCUCUGUCUUACCAGCUGACACAUGGAUCACAGCUCGCUCCAUCUGCUCAUCGCUACACACAGACAGGAAGAGUGUCUCCCUGCCUGGCAUAUGUGCAUGUUGGCAUCACCUGCACUCAUUAUUUAUAAAUAGUUACACAUACACACAUCUACUGGCUACCAGUAAUACAUCCCCUUACACCACAGACCACAUCUGAAAUAAUAUGUUGGAAAAUGCCAAGUAUGAGAUCCAUGUAUCCCUGGCACAGGAGAGUAGUGGGUACAUUUACUGCAAUAGGAGAGGAAGUCGUGGAUUUAGCGCCAUACAGGAGGACAGCGGAUCCCUUUUACUCCGAUACAGGACGGCAGCGGAUCCAUUUAGCCGCCAUACAGGACGGCAGCGGAUCCCUUUUACUCCGAUACAGGAUGGCAGCGGAUCCAUUUAGCCGCCAUACAGGACGGCAGUGGAUCCAUUCAGCCGCCAUUGGGCUAAGAUUGGGAGCUCUAAACCCUCAUAGAGUGGGUCUCCUGAAUGGUGGAAUUGGUUGUCCAUACUGUCUCGUAUUUAGAAAUGAUAGAAAACAGAUUGGUAGAAGCACAAAGACACCUUGCAACUAGGCUUCAAUAAUAAAUAAGUAAAUGAGCUAAGCCCACCAUCAUGCAGCGGCAUCAAAGUCCAAUGAUGGAAAUGCAUAAAAGUGUUUAAUGCCUAAAAUAUAACAUUUGUUUUAUGUAAUAUGACUAAAAGAGACAAUAUUAAUGCAAGUGCACCAAAGCAUGAAACCCAUUCACUCUGCUCUCUGUUACCUCCAAGCCUCAAUAUAUGCAGCUAAGCAUGUGUAGAAGAGAAUCCUUUGUUUCAUAGUCCGCAGUGUAGUCACAUAGGAGGUGGAUCAAGGAACGAUUCAAAUGUCAAAAUGCUCUAUCCUACCACAACACCACAUUCUACUCAACCCCAGCCCUGCCUCAACUCCCCAUCCACAAUCUACCCAACUCAAUCUGCCACAACUCCCCAUCCACAAUCUACCGAACCUCAGCCCUGCCUCAACUCCCCAUCCACAAUCUACCCAACUCAAUCUGCCACAACUCCCCAUCCACAAUCUACCCAACUCAAUCUGCCUCAACCCCCCAUCCACAAUCUACCCAAUCCGAACCCUGCCUCAACUCCCCAUCCACAAUCUACCACAACCUCCCAUCCACAAUUUACCCAACCUCAACUCCCCAUCCACAAUCUAGCCAACCUCAGCCCUGCCUCAACUCCCCAUCCACAAUAUAGGCAACUCCAGCCCUGCCUCAACUCCCCAUCCACAAUCUACCCAAUCCCAACCCUGCCUCAACUCCCCAUCCACAAUCUACCCAAUCCCAACCCUGCCUCAACUCCCCAUCCACAAUCUACCCAAUCCCAACCCUACCACAACUCCCCAUCCACAAUCUAGCCAACCCCAGCCCUGCCUCAACUCACCAUCCACAAUAUAGCCAACUCAAUCUGCCACAACUCCCCAUCCACAAUCUACCCAACCCCAGCCCUAACUCAACUCACCAUCCACAAUUUAGCCAACUCAAUCUGCCACAACCCCCCAUCCACAAUCUACCCAACUCAAUCUGCCUCAACUACCCAUCCACAAUCUACCCAACUCAAUCUGCCUCAACUCCCCAUCCACCACCUACCCAAUCCCAACCCUGCCUCAACUCCCAAUCCACAAUCUACCCAACCCCAAUCACAUCCAAAAUUUGCCCAGCCUCAGCCAUGCCGCAACACCACACCCACACUCUACCUAUCCCCGGCCCUGCCGCAUCUUCCAUCCACAAUCAACCCAAACCCAUUCUGGCCAUAACCCCCAUUCACAAUCUACCCAACCGUGGCCACAUCUCCCCAUCCACAGUCUGCCCAACCUUACUGAAAUUCUCCAUCCACAAUUUACCCAACUACGGCCCUAUUGCAUAUUCUCAUUCACAAUCUACCUAAAUACAGAUCUGCCAAAUCUCUCCAACUACAUUCUACCAAAUCCCAGCCUUACUGCAUCUCCCCAUCCACAAUCUACUGCUUCAACACCACAUCCACAAUCUACCCAACUCUGUUGCAUCUCCCUAGCAUCAACACUAGCCAUAUGGCAACCAGUAUUUAAAAAGGGGUUCCUGGAAGGGUAAAUAGUAAAUAUAUACAUUAUUACCAAAAGAGCGGUUCCCUAUUUUGUAACAGAUUAGGUAUUUUUUGCCACGGGGUGCCAGGGAUUUAGAUCCAGUCACCAUUUCCCUUUCUAACUUAUACUCUUUCCAUUGCAGGAUCCUGCUGACUGUCGUAGUUAUAUUCCGGAUCCUGAUUGUGGCCAUCGUUGGUGAAACAGUCUACGAAGACGAACAAACCAUGUUUAUGUGUAACACACUCCAGCCAGGAUGUAACCAAGCAUGCUACGACAGAGCGUUUCCUAUCUCCCACAUUCGCUACUGGGUCUUUCAAAUUAUUUUGGUGUGUACACCCAGUCUCUGCUUCAUCACUUACUCUGUUCACCAGUCAGCCAAGCAGAGAGACCGGCGAUAUUCAUUUAUCUACCCUCUAUUAGAGAAAGAGCUUCCCCGUGAAACCCGGCGCAUGAAGAACAUCAAUGGGAUUUUGAUGCAGAAUCCUGAUAUCUCGUCUAAAGAUGAGCCGGACUGCCUGGAGGUCAAAGAGAUCCCAAGCACACCCAAAAAAGCAAUCAAGAGUGCCAAGGUGAAACGUCAGGAGGGCAUCUCUCGUUUCUACAUUAUCCAGGUCUUUUUUCGAAAUGCUUUGGAAAUUGGUUUCCUUGCAGGACAAUAUUUUCUCUACGGGUUUAGCGUGCCGCCAAUCUUUGAGUGUGACCGUUACCCCUGCGUUAAGGAAGUAGAGUGCUACGUUUCCAGGCCCACAGAGAAAACAGUCUUCCUGGUUUUCAUGUUCGCUGUGAGCGGCAUCUGUGUCCUCUUAAAUUUAGCUGAGCUAAACCACCUUGGAUGGAGGAAAAUUAAAACUGCUAUGAGAGGGGUGCAGGCACGCAGGAAGUCAGUCUGUGAAGUGCGCAAAAAGGAGCCAUCAACAUUGGCCCAAGUGCCAACAUUAGGUAGGACACAAUCCAGCGAGUCUGCUUACGUUUGACAUCUUUUGAGGAUGUCGAGUUACUAUGGUGGCAGGAACUUUUCCUUGUACCCGAUAUCAUCGGUAAAGGAUAGAAAACACUGCACUGACGGUGCCAGUACGGCUACAGUCUUCCAAGCAGCCAUGGAGAACAUGAAAAACUUUAUUGGAAGUCGGUGGAUAAUUAAGGUCAUUGGUGUGCCGUACACUGCGGAUCGCAAUAUCCCUACCUAUAUGGCGGUCAAACGGUGGACAAUGAAAGCACGAGCAUGACAAACAUUGUGUGAUUAGUUUAUAUAAAUGAAAUGCAAACCUUGUAAAGAGAUGUUGAGUACCAUUGUACAUUGCAACUUGUCUGUUUAAAAGAGGACAUAUUUACCUCCAUCUCCAAGAUCACAAAUGAUGUCAAUGAUGAACAAACUCAUAAGGGACUUCUCGGAAAUCCCUGGCACGUCCAGUAAUUUGCACUGACACAGGAGAAGCCAUACGCCAAGGCAGUGACAUUGAUUAAUACUGAAUUAAUGGCUAAUAAUGGGAGGUGUUUAAAAUCUCCUGCGACUGUUAUUUCUCCUCCCUAAUUACUAAACACAUUUGAGAAUCCCUGCCUAGCCCUACAUCUGUCCACAAACCACACAUGACCUCGGAAAAAAAAAAAUCUGUAUUUAUUUCCAUCCCUCAUUAUAGCAGCUGACAGAGAAACAAGGCAAUAGGUCUGAGCCAUCAAUGUAACGAAGCGUUAACACUUUGGGAAGCAGCGGAUGAGAUACAAAUGAAAUGACAGUCAUAACUCCUUUUAUCAUAUUUACAGACACAAAGAGCAGACCACCCUGCUGACACUCAAGGUGUUAAUGUGUCUUAAAGGUUAAUUAUAAAAUCUAUUUCCAGUAAUUCACUCUGUACCAUAUUUCCAUUCCUCCCCCCACAGCCCAAAGCAUUUUUAGGGGAACGGAUAAUGGGGGUAAAUGCUAUUAUUUGACGUUUCAAGUUAAUCAAUCCGGGAGAAUGUCGUUGUCCAUUUGAAUGUAUCGUAACUUGAUGUUGUUAUUGAUUUUCCUGCAUGUGCAAAGCAUGUUGUGAUUGUUUAAACACCGUUUUAAAUCCCAGACCAAACCCUAAAGGGUUACACAUGUGAUCCCUGGCUCAGCCGAGUCAAUAUGUAGUAAGGUAAACGCAGAUAAAACAGCGCUGGUACUUUAAAUCCCACUGAAGACAAACUACAUGAAAAAUAGACAGUCAUGUUCUGUGCUUUGAUUUCUAUUCUGGCCUCCAAUAUCCUGCACGCUUAAUUCAACACAAAUUACCCAUUAGCAAUGGCUCUACCAGGAACUCAGAUGGUACAGCCUUCACCAGAGCAAGCAUUAUCAGGUAUAGGCUUAUCAGGACAUAUAUAGAACAGUGGAAUAUUAACCCCUUAAGGACGCAUGACAUGUGUGACAUGUCAUGAUUCCCUUUUAUUCCAUAAGUUUGGUCCUUAAGGGGUUAAAGGGACACUAUCGGUAAAAUAUUAAAGGGACACUAUCGGUAAAAUAUUAAAGGGACACCAGAAGUAUAAUAUUAAGACAAUAGUCAGCUUAAUGCCAGUCUGUAAAGUACAUAGUUUACAUAUUUUCUUGGUUUAAUGUUAAGUUAUGGGACAGCUGUUGGAUUUAGCAUUCAGUCUACAGGGAGCUGAAGGACUGGGGUCUAGGAAGAGUUGCAGGGUUCAGUUUACAGAUGAGCUGAAAGGUUCUGUAUUUAGUAUGGUAAGAUCAGGAUUCUGAUUCCAGACUAUGGAGAGCUGAAGUGUUCAGCAUUAAGUCUAUAAGGAGCUGAACGGUUCAUGGUUCAGUUUAGGGAUUGCUGCAGGGUUCAACGUUCAGUCUGUGGAGGGCUGCAGAGUUCAGGCCUCAGUCUGUGUAGAGUUGCAGGAUUCAAAUUCUAAAGGGUUCAGUGUUCCGUCUAUGAAGAACUAUAGUAUGCAGCGCACAAUCUAAAGGAUUCAAUGCGCAGUCUAUAAAGAUCUAUAGAGUUCAGUCUGUGAAAGUCUACAGGGUUUAGUCUAUGAGGGGUUACAGGGUUCUGCUUAGGGAUAGCUGCAGGGUUCAGUGCACAGGGGGAAUGAGGGUUCAGGUUGUCUAUGGAGAGUGCUGUGCUCCAUUAAAUUACAAACCUAACACUGCUGGGUUUGCUCCUGCCAUUUAUAUUGAUGACACCGAAUCUGCUAGAACUGGGUCUGAACUCAAUAAGAAUAUCCCGAACGAGUGUCCUUUUUCUGUUUUAUUGAAAGUCGCCCUCCCUCUCCUUACACAGAAAUCUGAUGAUAAAAGUAUACUCACCGUGUAGCUCUUAAUGAUGGAACAUACCAAGUUACAGGGUUCAUGCCUCCAAAAAUAUUUUCUCUGUAAACCCAUCACCAUCCACGAUUAAAAUACCUAGAAACAACAUCCGAUAGGAAUAGGAGAAAUUAACACGGCUCACUAGACAUUCACUGAGCAGCUGGUGUGGAUCUCACAGGAACACGUCAAUAUUGACAAAAACAAUAGACAAUGAGUGAAAUUUUGUCUUUUUUUAUUGCCUGCUACCCAGCGCAGGCAUUUUCUGCUUUCUUUAUCCUCAAUUUAAAGGAAACCAAUAUUGACAGAUGACACUUUAUUACAAAAAGGUAAUGAUUCCAUGUAGAGAAGCCAGAGAUUACAUAACUGUACAGCUUGCUGGCAACAGGGUGAAAAUGUUUAACAAGCCCUGGUUUGUGCACCAUUUAUGGUUUCCACUAAAAGGAAUCACCACUUGUAAGCAUGCUGCUUGAUCUGAUGUAAUGAUGAUCUCUGAUAAUCUGUUACCUGUUUAUGCACCCGAAGUAGGGGGGAGGGGGGGUGGAGAUCGGGCUGCUCUCCCAACUAUUUUUCAACUUGAAAAUCUCAAACCUCAGGACAUUAUAACAGAUUUUCUGCACUCUGUACAGUUCAACGGUGCUCCAACCUGCCUCAGCAACCCUUCCAACGCUCAUUAAGAUCAGCUUAAACCACGACACAAAUGCUGAGAACAGAAUACGGACAUGUCGCUAAAACAAAUUAUUGUACUGUCAGCACGUUAAGACUGGCUGCACUAUUGUCUGGUGCUAAAAUGGUUAAUUAAAAGUGAAAAGAGAAAAAGUGCACUGUGUGUGUUAUUCAAAACGAGCUUCAACUAAAUCAAAUCUAUGGAGAAAUUGUUUGUAUACAGAGACUUAAAGAUCUCACAGUGGAUCACUAGUCACCCUGCAAUGGGAGGGAAUGACUAUCCUAAAGCUCCAUCUGUCUGGGUCACCCUGCAGUGGGAGGGACAGACUGUGUCCCUUAAGGGACACUCCAGGCACCCAGACCACUUCUGCCCAUUGGCGUUGUCUGGGGGCCAACUCCCACUAUCCUUAACUCUGCAACUGUAAAUAUUGCAGUUUUCAUAAAAUGCAAUAUUUACCUUGCAGGGUUAAGUCCUCCUCUAGUGGCUACUAGACAGUCACUUCCGUAUUCAUAGAACACGAAAAGUGUGUUAUAACGACGCUGGACGUCCUUACGCGAUGUGAGGACCUCCAGCAUCGCCAAAAUUCACAUAGGAAAGCAUUAUUCAAUGCUUUCCUAUGUGGAGGUCUAAUGCGCGUGCGCGGCAGGGGAGAAGCAUAGGUGGAGCCUGGCCCAGCACCAAGGCACAUCGGCGCUGGAUACAGGUAAGUCACUGAAGGUUUUUUUUUCCCCCCCUUCAGCAACUUGGGAUGGGGGGGGAGAGGGGGCCUGCAGUGCCAGGAAAACAGUUUGUCCCUUUAGCUCCUGUCUGUGUAACCCUGCAGUGGGAGAAACGGACAGUGUCCCUUAGCUCAUUCCGUCUGUGCCACCCUGCAGUGGGAGGGACUCCAUGUGCCAUAGCUUCCUGCUGUCUGUGUCACCCUGCCAUGGGAGGGACAGACUCACACAGCCACUGCAGCUAACACCUCUCCCACCCACUGGUUUCCAUGUAAUGCGGUCUGUGAUAAUCGCAAGCUGUGUUGGAGUUUGACUGACGCGAGGCAGGAAAAAGUGGUGCUCCCUGCUGACACAUUUCAUUAACUGCUGUUAGCCAUACCAAAUAUUAGGUCAUGUAUAUGCAGCACAGAGUUAAAGUUCUACAUUACAAUAAACUGAUCACAAGUUCAGCCAUAAAGUGCCAAUUCCUAAAUCCAUCCAGGGUAAAACAAGGUGGUUAUAAUAGUUCCAGACAGAGAUGGCGUGCUUGUGUUCAUCCCAUGGCUCGUUCUGCUGCGAGUGUGCCUGCCAGCUAAACUUAGAAUGAAUAAAGUAUAGACACACAAAUGUACAAAUUCACCAUUUCUAUUUUUAAUCCAAAAGCAACCGCCAAGGACACGCUGAAGGCCUAAGAGACAGAGACAAGGAAAACGCAUUAAAUCUAUGAAUAAUACAUGGCAGAGCGCCAGAAAAUCUCGCAUCAGCAGCCAAUCAACCAAUGAAGCUUGCUAUAAGUCCCUCCAAUAGCCCAGAGCCUUUAUGCAACUGCAGUCUACAAAGUCCCAAGAUCAGAGCUGAAUUAUUCUGUCACAACUCAAAUGGCAGGAAGGUUAGAAAUGUACAGGAUCAGUAUAGAAUAAAUUAUAUCUAAUCAGCUGCCUCGCUCCAAUCCAUUACACAGCAUCUCAGCAAAGUACAUGAGCAUCUGUAGGGGAAUCAGGCCUAUUAUUCCCUCAAACAGACUCUCUGCAAAGGACCUGACUGGCUGUAGGGGAAUCAGGCCUGUUGAACCAUAAAAGGCACACCCACAGGUAGAACUCUGUAUUGAAGGAAGCAGCGGGCCCUGUAUAGAAUGAAGAGAUAACAGACAGAAUGGCAGCAAGCUGUGAGGGGAUGUUAGUCAUUUGCUGGUUUAAUUAUAAAGAAGCCAAAAAGCCAUUUAUAACCAACAGGAAAGGAACAGGAGGGUUCUGUGCAGUGAAACUCUUGCAGAGUGUUGUGUUAUAGUGCUAGCAGCUUACCUUUAAAAACGGCUGAAUCAUUACUUUGAUAAACUAGCAAAUAUAAAACAAUAAUACAUCAAGUUACACAAAACAGACUACAAGCAAAUAUUUAUAUCAGGUCUUCAAUCCCACCAGUGAUUUCACCGUAGAAAGUAGAGUGCAUGUGGUCAUUCCAGGCUGGCCGUGGCCAGUAAAAUAAUGCCUGGCUAGGAACGUUAUAAUAACAGUAUUCCUCAAUACCUGGCAGGAUACCAGGAGAAUGACCCUGCACUGGGUCAGGAUAAACUAGACUUGCAGCCUUAAAAUUAUGUAAGAGUGCAGAGUAUGACAUUACAAUUGACACAAUGGAACACAGAAUGAAUAAUGUGGUUUAAUGGCCAGAGGCUUGCUUGGCUGCCAGCAUUACAUCUCCAAACAGAGUAAGC